UCGCGGAAGGUUUUGUCUCUGCUCUGUAUCCACGAAAUAUCGUUCAUUUUAACACUUUAUUUAAUUUAAACGACAUUGUAGCGCCAUUUUAAACACCGUGGUAGGAUUCACAGUGAAAAUAGGGGGUUGUUUUUUGAAUGUAAAAGACGUGACUAAAAAUAGAUCGUCCGACAUACUUGGAAAAUCGUCGGUUCUUCUCAUUCAUGAAAUACAUUCAUUUUGUGUUCAGCUGUGCUGCUAUAUAGGUCGGUUGAGACUUUAUAAGAAAAUUUAUCAGUGAAUGAACUGCAUCCAAACUGAAUAAGAGACCUCUGUGAACGUUGCUGGAAGAAACACACCUCAAGUUUUCAAAGACACCACCAACAAACGAAUAGAAAAAAUGGCAACGACAGAGGGCGGUCUGGCGCCGGGCGGCGACGACAUGCCUGUGGGCGGGCCCAAGACGCCGCAGCAGAUCGCUGCCCAGCGCCGCCUGCAGCAAACGCAGGCGCAAGUCGAUGAGGUGGUUGAUAUUAUGAAAACAAACGUGGAGAAAGUGCUGGAGCGAGAUCAGAAACUGUCCGAAUUAGAUGACAGAGCAGAUGCACUCCAGCAGGGUGCAUCACAGUUCGAGCAACAAGCUGGUAAACUGAAAAGCAAAUUCUGGUUGCAAAACUUAAAGAUGAUGAUAAUCGCAGCUGUGAUUGGCAUCAUCAUUUUGGCUCUAAUCAUCGCCAACUUUAUGUGAACAAGUUUCGGUCUGUAAACACCAAAGGAGGAUUGAAGCUGCGUACCAUUUAACAUCGAGAGCGGUGCCGGCGUUACAUUCUUUUUAUUAAAUUUAGUGUUUUUUGAAAUGUUCUCAAUUUAUAAAUACCAAAUAUAUACUUAACAAUAAUGUUUCGAACAUUUGACUACAUAAUUUCAUUAUAUACGUAUAUUUAUCCUAAAGCAUAAUAUAACAAUAUAAUUCACGCGUCCUACUUU